GAAGAAAAGAAAAAGGAGUCUAGUCAACCGCCCACCACAGGAGACUGGGGGACUUCCAUCUUUCUGGAUUUACUAUCAUUUCAGGGAUAUUUGUGCACAAAGAAGACCAAACAUUUUUUGGGUGGGAUUACUAAACUCGGAGCUGGUCCUUAAUCUGGAAAUUUUAGUAACAGCCAAUAGUCACAUGACUCAGCUGCUGAUUUACCUGAGAGGUUGAAGACUCUAAGAAGUAAAAAUGGAUCAAAACCUGUUUGGAGGAGCCCCCAGGUUUCUCACCCGCCCUAAAGCCUUCACAGUGGGUGUGGGCAAGGAUGCUACACUCAGCUGCACUGUUGUUGGCAAGCCAACUCCAGUAAUCACCUGGGAAAAGGACAAGCUCAAGCUUUCGUCUGGGGGCCGCUUUAAAACUGUGGAAGAUGGAGACAUUUACCGUUUGACUAUAUAUGACCUCACGCUGGAGGACAGUGGUCAGUACAUGUGUCGAGCCAAAAACAACAUCGGGGAAGCUUAUGCUGCUGUGACCCUGAAGGUGGCCCUCCAAAUGGAGAUGUCUCAGAGGGCCCCCGUUUUCAUGGUGAAGCCCACUUCCACACGAGUGGCUUUAGGAGGAGAUGUUGUUUUCCACUGCCGGGUUGUGGCUCACCCUGAGGCCACCUUUGAGUGGGAGAAGGACGGGCGCUAUCUAGGUGAAACAAACCGCAUCAAAAUUAUGUCAGACAGCGAAAGCAGCACCUUAAAGAUUCAAGGUGUGCGCAACCUGGACAGCGGCACGUACAUCUGCAGGGCCCAGAACUCUGUGGGCCGCUCCCAGGCUGCUGCAGCUCUUGUGGUGGAUACUCAGGAUGCUCGCUACAUGUCUGCAGACAAGAGUACCUCUCUCCUCUCCCACAUGCAAAAGCGCAAAGAGGAAAUGAAGAAGGACAUCUCCAUCUUUCACACAGAGGAAAACAGCUCCCUCUCCAAAGCCAACAUGACCGAUGCCCUGAGUUCCCUGAGCCUGGAGCAGGAGCUGAGGGCGUCUGCGCUGGCCAGUCUACCUAAAGGUGUUUUCACCCGCACUUGCACUGUUACUGAGGGUAAACAUGCAAAACUCAGUUGCUUUGUGACGGGUCACCCCAAACCACACAUUAUCUGGAGGAAGGACGGAACUAACAUCAGUGAGGGUCGCAGGCACGUCAUUUAUGAGGAUCAAGCUGAGAACUUCAUCCUCAAGAUCCUGUACUGCAAGCAGAGUGAUAAUGGUCUCUAUACAUGCAAUGCCACCAAUAUGGCCGGCCAGACCUACAGUGCUGUACUGGUUACAGUCAAAGAGCCAAAGGUGCCAUUCAAGAGGAAACUUCAGGAUGUGGAGGUACAAGAAAAGACCUCAGCCACACUCAUGUGUGAGGUGCCACUCAUCGCCACUCAGACCGACUGGUUCAUGGAGGAAACUAGGCUGGAGCAAAACACCAAAUAUCGCUUGGACGAGGAUGGGACUCUACGUCGCCUUACCAUACAUAAUGUCACCACUAAUGACGAUGGGGUUUAUAUCUGCGAGAUGAAAGAGGGCAGCCGCACUGUGGCUGAGCUCACUGUCCUGGGUAAUAUCACAAAGAAGCUUCCUCGGAGGACCAUCGUUCCAGUCAGUGACACCGUCAUCUUUUGUGUUGAGCUGGAGCAUCCUUGUCCAGAUGCCUACUGGACUCGCAAUGGCGAGAAACUGAAGGAAGAUUCUCGUACUUCAAUUGCCUGUGUUCUUAGACAGUACACAUUAACAAUUAAAGAUUGCCAGGCAAAUGAUUCUGGAGAGGUGGCCUUUGUGGCUGGAGAUUGUAAGACUUCAACACGAUUCUCUGUCACUGCUCCCAGGAAGCAUCCUCCUGAUCCCCCAGUCGAUGCUGUGGUACAGAACAAGACUGACUCGUCCAUCACCAUUCAUUGGUCUCCCCCUGACAGUGACCGUCCCGUACCCAUUAAAGGAUACAUCGUGGAGAGGAGGAAGGUUGGUGCUUCUACCUGGCAGAGAUGCAAUGCUGGAGAAAUCCUCACAGCCACAGAGAUCACCAUAAGCAGUUUUUCAGAGGAAGCUAGCUACCAGUUCCGUAUUUCUGCCACAAAUGAUUUUGGCCAGAGUCCCUUUCUGGAAGUACCUGGCAGCUUCUACCUUGAACCCACUGCAGAAAUCAGGAAGGGCCUAAUGAACAGCUCUGCAGUCUCUGGAGAGGAAUUCUCCAUCUCUGUGGAGUUGUCGGCUGUUUGUUCAGGCUUCUGGUCCCUAAAUGGACGCCUCCUGCGGAGUGGAUCAGAAUAUCUUAUCACCAAAUCUAAGAACAUUCACACAUUGCUCAUUCGAGUCGUGACCAUGGAAAUGAAUGGAACCGAAAUCAAGUUUGUAGGUGGAGGUUCUCAGAGCAGUUGCAUCCUAUCUGUGAAGGCACCCCCUAUCAGGUUCACCAACAAGUCCGACCAUCCAGAGGUUGUAACCUGCAGCGUCCAAGAGACGGCUCAACUGAGUGCUGAAGUGUCAGACUAUGAAACUCAGGUGGCUUGGAUGAAGAAUGGGCGAGAGGUGAAAAUGGGGAAGAAGUAUGAAUCCAUUAUAAGAGAUCGUAAGAGAAUCCUGAUGGUUCACAAUGUUACAGAGGAAGAUGUGGGUCUUUAUGAGUGUGUCUUAUCCGAGGAUAGGAUGUCAAUUCAACUGACACUGAAAGAUGAGCCUGCCAAAUUUCUCAAUAAAGCCAGAGGCCCCAUGGGAUUGUCAUCAUCCCUUAAAGGAGAUCUUGAGUUGACCUGUGAGGUGUCUUCUGCAAGUGCUGUUGUUGUAUGGAAAAAAGAUAAAGUUGAAAUUAGUGAGGACCAAAGAACAACUAUCAUCUCCAAAGGGACCCAAAGGAAACUUAUUAUUAAAAGUGCCAAGAAAAAUGAUGAAGGAUAUUAUUCUUGUGAGACAGCAGCUGAUAAAGUCACAUUCCAUGUCAAGAUAAAAGAACCCCAAGCAGUAGCUGCAUUCUCUAAUAAAGAGUCAAUUCAGAGGGAUGUCAAAGCCGUCCUCAGCCAGAAAUCAACACUUAGCUGUGAUGUGUCAGACACUAAGAUGGAGGUGAAAUGGUACAAAGAUGGAAAGUUGCUGGAGUCAAGUAAGAGAAUAUGCUUGGAGGCCAAGGAGAGCACCCGUCAGCUGGUGAUUGAAAACAUCGAGAAGACUGAUGCUGGAGAGUAUACCUGUGAAGCUGGAGGGGAUAAACUGGUCUUCAAGAUAACUGUAUCAGAGGCUCUGUCUGCUUUCUGCAACAAGGAGUUAGUACAGAGGGAGGUGAAAGCCACUCUCUCACAGAAAACCACCCUCAGCUGUGAGGUAGCGGACAGGAAGACAGAGGUGAAAUGGUACAAAGAUGGCAAACUCCUGACUUCCAGCAAAACGGUUCAAACUGAAUCAAAAGGCAAGAGCCGCCAGCUGGUGAUUGACAGCGUGGAGAAGAAAGAUGCAGGAGAAUACACCUGUGAGACUGGGUCUGAAAAGAUGAGUUUUAAGAUCAAUGUGGCAGAGGCCCAGUCAGCCUUCUUCAACAAGGAGUCAGUCCAGAAGGAUGUCAAAGCCACUGUGUCUCAGAAAGCUACGCUUAGCUGUGAGGUGUCUGAUACCAAGACAGAGGUUAAAUGGUACAAAGAUGGCAAGCUGCUCACUUCUAGUAAGACGGUACAUACAGAGUCAAAAGGCAGAAGUCGGCAGGUUGUGAUAGAGAGCCUGGAGAAGAAAGAUGCUGGAGAGUACAUCUGUGAGGCUGGUGCGGAAAAGCUUUCCUUCAAACUCCAAGUGGAAGACGUGCAGGCCCAGUCUGCCUUCUACAAAAAGGAUUCUGUGCAGAAUGAAGUGAAAGCCACUCUUUCCCAGAAGGCCACUCUGAGUUGUGAGGUUGCUGACAGUAAGACAGAGGUGAAAUGGCACAAAGAUGGUAAGCUGCUCACUUCAUCCAAAACAAUCCACACCGAAUCAAAAGGCAAGAUUCGCCAACUGGUGAUUGAAAGCGUGGAAAGAAAAGAUGCAGGAGAGUAUAUUUGUGAGGCUGGGUCUGAAAAGCUGGCCUUUAAGUUGCAUGUUGAAGAGACCCAGCUUAAGUCAGUCUUCUUCAACAAGGAGUCUGUCCAAACGGAGGUGAAAGCCACUCUGUCGCAGAAAGCCUCUCUGAGCUGUGAGGUUGCUGACAGCAAGACAGAGGUGAAAUGGUACAAAGAUGGUAAGCUGCUCACUUCAUCCAAAACAAUCCACACCGAAUCAAAGGGCAAGAUUCGCCAGCUGAUGAUUGAAAGCGUGGAAAGAAAAGAUGCAGGAGAGUAUAUUUGUGAGGCUGGGUCUGAAAAGCUGGCCUUUAAGAUGCAUGUUGAAGAGACCCAGCUUAAGUCAGUCUUCUUCAACAAGGAGUCUGUCCAAAAGGAGGUGAAAGCCACUCUGUCGCAGAAAGCCUCUCUGAGCUGUGAGGUUGCUGAUGCAAAGACAGAGGUGAAAUGGUACAAGGAUGGUAAGCUGCUGAAAUCCAGCAAAACCAUACAUACUGAGUCAAAGGGCAAGAGUCGUCAGCUGAUGAUUGACAGUGUAGAGAGGAAGGAUGCUGGAGAGUACAUCUGUGAGGCCGGGACUGAGAAACUGGCUUUUAAGAUUCAUGUGGCAGAAACUACAACUGGCUUCUCUAGUAAGGAAUCAGUUCAGAGAGAAGUGAAAGCUGCUCUCUCUCAGAAAGCCACUCUAAGUUGUGAAGUUUUAGACUCCAAAAUGGAGGUGAAAUGGUUAAAGGAUGGAAAGGUUCUCACUUCGAGUAAGGGGAUCCACAUGGAAUCAAAGGGCAAGACCCGUGAGCUGGUAAUAGACAGAAUGGAGAAGAAAGAUGCUGGAGAAUAUACCUGUGAAGCUGGAGGCGAUAAGCUGGUAUUCAAGCUGCAAUUGACAGACAUAGCUGUGAAGUUUAAGAAGCCUACCAAGGAUACAUUUAUUGUUGAAGCAAGUGAAAAAGUUGUUUUAACGGCUGAAAUGACCACAGAAGGUGGUAAUGUGAAGUGGUUCAGAGAUGGCGUGGAGAUAAAAGAGAGCAGCAAGUGUGAAAUACAAAAAGAUGAGCUUUCUCGCACUUUGACACUGAAAUCGACAGAGACCAAAGACAGCGGAACGUACUCCUGUCAAACUCCAGAUGACAAAGUGGAAUUCAAAGUUCAGGUUAAAGAUUCAGCUUUGAAGUUUGUUGUUCCUUUGAAAGCUGCUACAGUGGAGUUAGGAGGAACACUCAGCCUAAUUUGUGAACUAAAUCAGGCCUCAGGGGAUGUUCUCUGGCAACAUCAGGGCCGUGAAAUUAAACCUGGAAACCGGCACUGUGUCAGAACAGAUGGAGCUAAAAGGAUCCUCACUGUAACAGCAGUCACUAAAGAAGAUGAAGGGGAAUACAGCUGUGUGUGUAAAAAUGACAAGACCUCCGCUAAAGUAACUUCUAAAGCACCAAGACCCGUGAGGUUGACCACUAAACUGAACAACGUCGCCGCAAUGGAGGGAAAGGAUGCCAUUUUUAAAUGUGCAGUCACUCCGGCUGAUGCCAAUGUUCGGUGGUUCCACAACAAUAUGCCCAUCACUGCUGGGCCCAAGUACAAACCUGAGCAUGGAGGUGGAAGCUUUGCACUAACCAUCACCUCAGUCACACAGAAAGAUGCAGGAGAAGUUAGUGUUGAUGCAGAAGGCAAAAGCUACAAAGCAACUCUUCAAGUUCAGCGUGAACCUGUCUCUUUUAAGAAAAAGCUGGAAAAUAUGACAGUGGAAGAAGAGAAUGAAGUAAAACUGGAAGUAGUGCUGAGUAAACCUUCAGAUGAAGUCAAGUGGAUGAAGAACAGUGUUGUUGUGCAGCCCGCAGGAAACAUAGAGAUCCGAGUGGAAGGAGCGAAGCAGGCUCUAAUUUUCAAGAGAGUAACUUAUUCUGACCGUGGGAUAUACUCCUGUGAGACUCUGGAUGACAAGACUCAAGCAAAACUCACUGUUGAGAUGAAGAAGAUUCAGGUAAUAAAAGCUCUAACAGAAACAAAAGCUCAUGAAACGGAGACAGUGACUCUUGAAGUGGAGCUGAGUCAAGCUGAUGUUGAAGGCUCAUGGAGCAGAGAUGGGGCCAAGUUAAAGUCAGGGACAAACUGCCGCAUCACAACCGUGGGAAAAAAGCAUAUCCUGACGCUUUCCAAUCUGAAGAGAGAGGAUUCUGGGACUAUUUCCUUUCAAGCAGAGGGAGUCCAUACCUCAAGCAAACUGAUUGUCACAGAACCUCUUGCUAUGAUCUCCAAACCCAUUAUGGACAUCAAUGUUCCUGAGAAGGAAAAGGCAACAUUUGAAUGUGAAGUGUCUAGAAACAACGCAGAAGUUAAAUGGUUCAAGGAUGAUGUUGAACUGAAGUCAACAAAGAACAUUGCUAUUCAUUCCUUGGGCCGAAAGCGCACAUUAGUUAUCAACAAAUGCACGCCUGAAGAUGGAGGCACUUACAUCUGUCACACAGCUGAUGAUAACACCUCUGCUAAGCUCACUGUGCAAGCCAGAGACAUCAAGAUUAUUAAGAAGCUAGUAGAUGUGGAAGCGGUGGAGAAGGAGAGUGCUUCGUUUAUCUGUGAAAUCUCCCAUGAUGACGUGGAGUACCAGUGGUUCAGAGGAAAUGCUAAAAUUAAAGCCAGCGAAAAUGUCAAGAUGAGACAAGAGGGCAGAACUUAUAUACUGCUGUUUAAAUCUGUAACUCCUGAAGACAUGGGUGAAAUUACAUUUACAGCUGAAAAAGCAUCUUCAGCUGCAAAACUUAAAGUGAAAGAACUGCCUGUCAAGUUUGUGAAGAAACUCAGGGAUAAGAUAGCGAUGUAUAAGCACCGUGCUCAUCUUGAAUGCCAAGUGUCACGUGCCAGUGCAAAAGUGAAGUGGUUCAAGAACAAGAUGGAGAUCAAAGCCAGCAAAAAGUAUGAGAUCAAAGGUGAAGAUGUGUACCGAAAGCUCACCAUCAAUGAUGUGGAUUCUGGUGAUGAAGACAUGUAUACCUGCGAUGCUACAGAUGACAAGACAUCAUGUAAAGUGCUUGUGGAAGAACAGUCUAUCAGUAUUGUCCGGGAACUCAGUUCAGUCGAGGUGACGGAACCCUUUGCAGCUGUUUUUGAAGUUGAAGUCAGUAUGGAAUUAGUGAAACCUCCAAUUUGGACUUUGAAUGGAGUUCCUGUGCAGGAGGGUGUUGAUGUUGAGAUGGAGAAAGAAGGCACCAUGCAUCGUCUCACUUUUAAAAAAACCAAAGCAUCAAUGACUGGACCAGUUCAAUUCACUGCAGGGAAAAGCAAAUCUCUUGCUCAGCUUACAGUCAAAGAGCGCCCACUUGAGAUCACUGAGCAUAUCAAAGAUAUAAAGGCAAAUGAAAAAAGCUCUGCUGCACUUGCUUGCACAUUUUCUGCCACACCUAAAGAAGUGAAGUGGUUCAAAGGUCAGGUUCUUCUGGCAGCAUCAGAUAAAUACAACAUAAGACAAGAUGCUGCGAGGGCUCAACUUACUGUUCAAAAGCUGACUGAAGAAGACAGUGGGGAGUACCGCUGUCAGUCAGGUCCUGCUGAAACCAAAGGGACUCUAACUGUUGAAGUCCGAGAAAUAAAGAUCACCAAGCAUCUAGCUGACACAGAGGUUGAUGAAGACAGCGAUGCAAUGUUCACAUGUGAGAUCAACUACACUGAUGAAGAUGCACAGUGGCUUCUUAAUGAGAAGGUCCUGUUCACCAAUGAGGUGAACACCAUCACACAUGAGGGUAAGGUCCACAAGCUCAGGCUGAAGAACUUAGCGCCUCAGGAUGGGGGAACUAUCACCUUUCAAGUACGCAAAGUGAAAGAAUCUGUCACACUGAAGGUUAAAGAAAAAAGAGCUGUGUUCCUCAAGUCACUAGACGAUGUCACAGGAGAGGAGAAAGGCAUGAUAACUUUGACAUGUGAAGCAAACAAGCCAAGAGUUUCUCCUAUAUGGAGAAAAGAGGAUAAAGUGUUAAAAGCUGGACCAAAAUAUGAGCUCCUUCACACGGGCAAGUCUUUGGGAUUGAUUGUUAAGGAUGUGACCAAGGAAGAUGCUGGAGAAUACAGUUGUGAUCUUGGCACAGAAGUCACAAAGGCAAAGGUCACUGUAAGAGAAAUUGGUAUCGGUAUCACAAAAAAACUGAAAUCUGUUGUGGUGAAUGAAGGAGACACAUGCAGCUUUGAGUGCAUUCUGUCACGCGAGAGCAUUGAUGACUGCUUGUGGUCUGCUAAUGGCAAAGCCAUUAAAAAUGGAGGUCGCUUUAAGAUCUCCAGUCAGGGGCGGAAGUACACUCUGACCCUAAAGGAUGUGACCCCUGCUGAUGCUGGUGAGGUGGUCUUCAGCAUUAAAGACCUGAGCUCCAAAGCAACACUAAAAGUUGAAGGAAAAGCUUCAUCUCUAUCAAAUGGGCUUCAGAAUGUUUCUGUUGUGUGUGGCGAAGACGCUGUUUUUGCCUGUGAGGUUACACAGGCUAGUUUUACUGUAAAGUGGGCCAAAGAUGGAAAAGCCAUCAGAACAAGCAAGAAGUAUGAGAUCAGUCAACAGGAGAAGCUCAUGAAGCUGACCAUUCACACUGUGUCUGCUGAAGAUUCUGGGGAGUACAGCUGUGAAGUUGUUGGAGGUGCAACAACAAGAGCCAAACUGGAAAUUAAGGAACCGAUCCAUAAAUUCACCAAAGUGCUUGAGGACAUCCAAGCAGAUGAGCAGACCUCUGUGACCUUGCGUUGCGAAACGGAACAAACUCCAUCCGCGGUGACGUGGCUGAAAGGCCACACAGAGCUCAGGGCUGAAGGUCAAUACGAGAUGUCCCAGAAGGAGAAGGUCCUAACUCUCAUCAUUAAACACCUGGAGGAGAAGGAUACUGACAUCUACACAUGUGACGUGGGCACUGCUAAAAGCAUGGCAAAGGUGACUGUGAAAGCAUUGCCAUCGACAUUUGUGAAAAAGUUGGAGAGCCAGGAGGCUGAGGAAGGAGCCAGUGUUACUUUGCAUUGUGAGCUCUCCAGACCUGGUGUCUCCGUGGAGUGGAAGAAAGGAACACAGAUUCUGAAGUCUGGAGAGAAGUACCAGAUGAAGCAGAAGGCCUCUGUGAAUGAACUCAUUAUUAACAAAUUGGUGCCAGAAGACAGUGGAGAUUACAGCUGUUUGUCUGGAGACCAGAAGACCACAGCCAACCUCAAGAUCAAGGCCCAAAAAGUGAUCUUCAAACAGAAGUUGGAGAACCAGGAAGCUGAGGAAGGAGCCAGUGUUACUUUACAUUGUGAGCUUUCCAAACCUGGAGUCUCCGUCCAAUGGAAGAAGGGAACACAGGUCCUGAAGUCUGGAGAGAAGUACCAGAUGAAGCAGAAUGCCUCUGUGAAUGAACUCAUUAUAAGCAAGGUGGUGCCAGAAGACAGUGCAGACUACAGCUGUGUCUGUGGAGACCAAAAGACCACAGCCAACCUCAAGAUCAAGGCCCGACCGGUGACCUUCAAACAGAAGUUGGAGAGCCAAGAGGCUGAGGAAGGAGCCAGUGUUACUUUGCGUUGUGAGCUCUCCAAACCUGGAGUCCCUGUGGAGUGGAAGAAGGGAUCACAGGUCCUGAAGUCUGGAGAGAAGUACCAGAUGAAGCAGAAGGCUUCUGUGAAUGAACUUGUUAUUAGCAAACUAUUGCCAGAAGACAGUGGUGACUACAGCUGUGUGUGUACAGACCAGAAGACCUCAGCCAGCCUCAAAAUCAAGGCAGAACCAGCGAUCUUUAAACAGAAGUUGGAGAGCCAGGAGGCUGAAGAGGGAACCGCUGUUACUUUACGCUGUGAGCUCUCUAAAACUGGAAUCCAUGUGGAGUGGAAAAAGGGAACACAGGUCCUGAAGUCUGGAGAGAAGUACCAGAUGAAACAGAAGGCCUCUGUGAAUGAACUCAUUAUUAGCAAAGUGGUACAAGAAGACAGUGGAGACUACAGCUGUGUCUGUGGAGACCAAAAGACCACAGCCACCCUAAAGAUCAAGGCCCGACCGGUGACCUUCAAACAGAAGUUGGAGAGCCAAGAGGCUGAGGAAGGAGCCAGUGUUACUUUGCGUUGUGAGCUCUCCAAACCUGGAGUCCCUGUGGAGUGGAAGAAGGGAUCACAGGUCCUGAAGUCUGGAGAGAAGUACCAGAUGAAGCAGAAGGCUUCUGUGAAUGAACUUGUUAUUAGCAAACUAUUGCCAGAAGACAGUGGUGACUACAGCUGUGUGUGUACAGACCAGAAGACCUCAGCCAGCCUCAAAAUCAAGGCCCAACCAGUGACCUUCAAACAGAAGUUGGAGAGUCGAGAGGCUGAAGAGGGAGCCAGUGUUACUUUGCGUUGUGAACUCUCCAAACCUGGAGUUUCUGUGGAGUGGAAGAAGGGAUCACAGGCUCUGAAGUCUGGAGAGAAGUACCAGAUAAAGCAGAAGGCCUCUGUGAAUGAACUCAUUAUUAACAAAUUGGUGCCAGAAGACAGUGGAGAUUACAGCUGUUUGUGUGGAGACCAGAAGACCACAGCCAACCUAAAGAUCAAGGCUGUGAAGCUGUCUCCGCCUCCUUCUGCUGCUAAACCAGAACCCAAAACUCAGGAGACCAAAGAAAAAAUUGAAGUCAAGGUGAGUGAAGUUAAAAGCAUUGAACAGAAGAAGCAGGAGAUAAAUGAAACUGUAGAAGCUGUGAACCUGCCGUCUACUGGUGAAGCCCCUACACCACAACUACUGAAAGAGAAAAAUCAGAGAAGCUCAAGAGAAUUUGAUAUGGAACAUGAAGUUCUAGGCGAGAAGACUGUUAAACAAGCUGCUCAGAGUGACGAGACCAAAAUCCAGGCACAAGUUGUUCAAGUCGUAUGCAAUAAAGACCUGGAAAGCUGUGUAUCAGAGGAGGGAGCAAGCAUUACUCUGCACUGUGAGCUUUCUAAACCCGGAGUCCCUGUACAGUGGAAGAAAGGGCCUGAAGUCUUGAGUCAUGGAGAAAAGUACCAGUUGAAACAAACUGGAUUACGUUACGAGCUACAGAUCUUUGAUUUGACUCCUCAAGACACAGGAACCUACUCGUGCUGCUCAGAAGACAUAUUAAGCUCUGCAUCUCUUGUUGUGAAUGCCUCCCCGGUGUUUUUCAAACGCGAGUUGGAAUGUCAGACUGUGGAAGAAGGCCAGAGUGCCACAUUACAGUGUGAGCUUUCCAAGUUAGGUGUUUCUUUGGAAUGGAGGAAAGGAGAACUUGGCCUUUGCCCUUGUGGAAAAUAUGAAAUUAGACAAACAGAGAACCUGGCUACUCUAAUAAUCCAUGACGUAGAACUAGAGGACUCUGGAAGUUACACUUGUGACACUGGUGAACAUCAAAGCACCGCAAAUCUGUCUGUGAAGGCCAAACCUGUCCUUUUCAAAACUAAGCUACAAAACCUGGAAAGACAGGAAGGUGAGUCUGUUAGCUUUUGCUGUGAGAUCACCAAACUGGGAGCCAGUGUGGUCUGGAGGUGUGGUGACAAGGUGCUGACAGCCAGUAGCAAAUACCAACUGAAGCAGGAAGGGACUGUGGUCCAGCUUGUUAUCUAUAAGCUGCAGCUAAGCGACGCAGGAGAAUACUCCUGUGAUACAGGCUUCCAGAAGACUUCAGCAACCCUUAAUGUUAAUGCUGCUGAGGUUCUGAUUUUGAAGUUCUUGGAGAGCUGUGUUGUUCAUGAGGGGGAAGAUGUCCACUUUGAGUGUCAGCUUUCUCAUGAGGAGACUCCACAGAUACAGUGGAAACUCCAGGAUGUCCCUCUGCAAAAUAAUGAAAUGAAUCUGAUAAGGUCUGAGGGCCGGGUGCACAGCCUCACACUUAGAGGUGUCACAGCCUCCGACUCUGGAACAGUCACUUUCACUGUAGGAAACCACACCUCCACUGCUUCUCUCACAGUCAGAGUGCCACCAAUAUCCUUUAAAAAGGAGCUGGAAAGCCAAGAGGCCAGAGAGGGAGGAGAGACCACACUGUCCUGUGAGACAUCAAGCCCUGACUGUAAGGUGACUUGGUGGAAGGGCUCAACUGUCCUCUCUCAGGGAGAGAAGUAUACCAUUCAGCAGAGAGCUACCACUCACAGCCUGGUGAUACGCAAGCUGGUCAAGGAGGAUAGUGGUGAAUAUACAUGUGACACAGGAGACAAGAAAUGCACUGCUAGGCUGACUGUUAAAGAGCAUGUUCGCAUUGUCCGUGAGCUCCAUGAUGUUACCGUGACCACUGGUCAGGACGCCAUCUUUGAGGUCGAGCUGUCGCAUGUAGGCAUCACUCAUGGGGAAUGGUGGCUUGGAGACAACCUCCUUCAAAAUAAUGAUCUGAAUCAAAUGAGCGUUCAGGGCAGAGUUCACCGACUGGCUCUGAAGAUGGUAACCACAGAUGAGUCAGGUGAUGUUGCCUUUGUCGUUGGUGAGGAGAAGAGUGUGGCUUGUCUUCUGGUCGAGGAGAAACCCAAAGUGGUAAUAUUAGAGAAACCUCAUAAUGCUGCAGCAGCAGAGGGAGAAACCGUCACACUCAGUUGCUCCAUCUCCGACUCCAAUGCCUCUCUCACGUGGAUGAGGAACAAUGUGCCAAUCCAAGCUGGUAUAAAGUAUGACCUGAAGAAGAACGGUGCUGUGCAUCAGCUCCGAAUUCACAACCUGGUCCCAGAGGAUUCAGGAAUAUACAUCUGUGAUACUGGAGAUGCACAGUGUGAAGUUACUUUAACUGUCCAAGGUGCCCCAGUGUUCUUCAAGAAAGAGCUCAAGAGCCAGGACGCCAUAGAGGGUGAUGAUAUCACUCUACAGUGUGAGGUGUCUAAGCCAGGUGUCCGUGUUGAGUGGAGGAAAGGAGGUAUUGUCCUCCAACCUGGUAAGAAGUAUGAGAUGAAGCAGGAGGGGCGCAUUCAAGAACUCUGUAUUCAUAGCCUGGAACCUGAAGACAGUGGUUACUAUACCUGUGAUGCAGGAGAACAGCUCACUACAGCUUCUUUGGCAGUGCAAGUGAAAGAAGUCUUCAUUGUUACUGGUCUUAAGACCACUGACGUCUUUGUUGGGGAAUGGGCAACGUUCUCCUGCCAGCUUUCUGGUAGGGCGCCUGGUAAGGUGCAGUGGUGGCUGGAUGGCACCUUGCUGGAGAACAACCCCUGUAUUGAUAUAGGGGUGGAACAGGGCUUUAUCCACACACUCACCUUUAAGAACCUGGCUACAGAUGACUCAGGCACUGUCACCUUCAAAACGGGCAACUUAACCUCAUCAGCCAAGCUCUUAGUUAAAGAUCCCAUGGUUGAGGUGGUGAACGAUAUGGAGGACCUUUGGGUGGUUGAAAACCAACCGGCUGAGUUCAUCUGCCAGUUCUCCAGGCCAGUCAAAGCUCAGUGGAGGAAAGAUGGGCAGCUUUUGCAGCCUGAUGGCCGUAGGGUGGUAGUGGAGCAGGACUGGACUGUUGCUCGCUUGUACAUUAACCGUGUUUCCGGUGCUGACACGGGAACGUAUUCCUGUGAGGCAGAGGGUACCUCUGUGGUCGCUUCACUUCAUGUGGAAGCCAAACCCAUUAACAUUGUCCAAGGCCUGGAAAACGUGGAAACAUUUGAUGGGGGCGAAGCAUUGUUCGAGUGUGCCCUUUCUCGCCCUGAGAGCAAAGACUGUCACUGGCUUCUUGAUGGAAAACCAGUGAAGGAAUCACGUAAAGCAGAGAUUGUGUCUUUUGAAAAUGGUCGACGUCAUCUGCUGCUCCUGAAAGAUCUGCAUGACAAAGACAGUUGCACAGUAACAUUUAAAGCUGGAACAACUUCCACCUCUGCCCAGCUCACUGUCAAAGGCUGGAAACUGGAGAUCGUGCAGGGUUUGGAGGACAAAGUGGCUGCUGUAGGAGAGAAGGUUGAGUUUUGUGUUAAGCUUACUGAGGCUGUUCCUGCAGCAGAUGUGACCUGGUACGCUAAUGGAGUUGAACUCAAACCCAGUGACCUCUGGGCCAUGAGGGUUGACGGCAGUUCUUAUUGCCUUGUCCUGAGACAGGCCCCACUCAUGCCCCAACAAGAAAUUACUUUUGCAGCUAGGGAUGCACUUUCUUUGGCCAAGCUAACCAUCAUCACUGUACCUGACCCCCCAGAGGAUCCAGAAGUCCUCCGUAAAACCACAGAGUCUGUCACUCUCUCCUGGUUUACUCCUCUUCAUGAUGGAGGGAGUCCUAUCAUUGGCUACAGAGUGGAAAUGCGACUUGUAGACAGCGCCCUCUGGCUUCCAUGUCAUUCUGAACCUGCUUGCAACACAGAAUUUGUUGUGGAAAAACUGGUGCCUGGGAGUGGCUACAGGUUCAGAGUGGCAGCAAUUAACAAAGCUGGACCUGGAGAGCCUGUUGAGCUUCCUCUGACAGUACAGCUUGAUGUAAAACAGACAAAAGUCAUGGAACAGCCGAGUCUACCUCCCGAGUCUGCUGAGGAAGGGGAACUCCAUGAUCUGUGGGACGCAUCAGCAAAGAAACGUCGCAUGAGCAGAGAGCCCACUCUGGACUCCAUCUCAGAACAGCCUGAGGACAAUAGCAAAGCCGGCAAAAAACAGCAGAAAGAGUCUGUGUCAUCAGAAAAAGUAGAAAUCACAGCAGCGGAGAAAGAGCAGGUCGAUGUGUCCAAGAGACAGACAGAAUCUGUUCAGUCCAUCAGCUCCGAGGAUGAGACUGUUUCUGGCGGCGCUUCGCUUGUGUCUUACCUGAAAAAGAGCAGCAAGACUGAAACAACAGCAACCAGUGAGGCAGAGACUCUAACAGCAGAGAAGUUCUUUGCUCAUUUCCAAAUGGUAGAGCAGAAAACAGUGCAGCAGACUGAAUCAAAAACAAAAAUAAUUCAAAAAGUAGAGGAAAAGCAACUGUCUACUCAGGAGACCAGUAUCAUGGAAAUCACAAAAGAGGAGGAGCCAGAGCUGACAGAUGCUGCCAUCAAGAUUCAAGCUGCCUUUAAGGGUUACAAGGCUCGCAAGGACAUGCGUCCCAUCUUUAAGGAGGUCUUUAAAGACCAAACCAAAGAACCUAAUGACACCAUACAUCUCGAAUGUGUGUCAGAAGGUAAACCAGAAAAGGUGCGCUGGCUGAAGGACGGUGAACCGCUGAUUGACGGCAAACAUCAUCAUAUUGAUAUCUACAAUGAUGGCACCUGCGCUCUGGUCAUUACUGCUAUCACCACAAAAGACACUGGGGUUUACACCUGCGAGGUCACCAACAAGUUUGGAGUGACGUCUCACAGUGCUAAGGUGACAGUGGGAACGGUGAGGGAGUCAUCAGGCCGACGACCCCUGACAAUAGGUUACAGUGCCGACAGUGAACCCGAGAGCUCUUCCGGUAGUGAGAUGGAUGAGUCGCUGAGACAGGCGAGCAGACGCCUGAGGCGCCUUCUUCGCACACGACUCCCACCCGAUGUUGAGGAGGAACCAUUUAUCAGCGCAGACGAGGGCGACUUGCGUCCCCCGGAUCCUCAUUCUUACCGGGAGGAUGAAAAUUACAUCUACAUUUGCUUUGAUUCCCAAUCAGAGGCUGAAAUUGCCUCUAAAAGAUUCCAGGAGAUGUUCACAGUCCAUGGAGUACCCGUAGAGACCGCCAUCAUAGCAGCAGGGACUCACAAAGUAGAGCUGCGAAUUAGAAAGAUGGGCUACAUUCAGGAUGGCACACAGACCCCAACACAGGAUCGACAGCCUCCUGCUUUAUUGACUGGAGCUCCAGCUGCUCCAGUGUUCCUGACGGAGCUACAAAGUCAGGAUGUUCCUGAUGGCUAUCCAGUCAGCUUUGACUGCGUUGUGAUUGGCAAGCCCCCUCCCACUGUUCGCUGGUAUAAGGAUGGCAAGCUGUUGGAGGAAAAUGACCAUUACAUGAUCAAUGAGGACCAAGAGGGCUGUCACCAGCUCAUCAUCACCUCUGUCUUGCCCACUGACAUGGGCGUUUAUCGCUGCACAGCGGAAAACAGCAGUGGGAUUGCCGCCACUAAAGCUGAACUUAGAGUUGACAUGUCGUGCAGCUCAGAUUAUGACACUGCUGCAGAUGCCACUGAGACCUCAUCGUAUGUCAGUGCUAAAGGUUAUGUGUCCAGUAGGGAAACUGAAACAUUUGAAUCCGUAAGUGAAGACGAUCAGCUACCACAAGUUGUGCAUGAACUUCAUGAUGUUCAUGUCAGUUCAGGUUCACCUAUUGCUAAAUUGCAACUCAAAGUAAAAGGGUUUCCUAAACCGAGGGUGUACUGGUUCAAAGAUAGCCAACCUCUCCAACCGUCAGAGAGAAUUCAGCUUUUAGCAGAGAGAGAUCUUCAUGCUGUGGAGAUCCUUGAAGUGAAGAGAGAGGACAUGGGGGAGUACUCUGCUUAUAUCAGCAAUGCGGCUGGUUCUGCUUAUUCCUCUGCCCGUCUGAUAGUACUGAGUCCUGGGGAGAUUAUGCCACAGGAUAAAAAAGAUUCUAAGGAGCCGCUGGUGCCUCCACGCUUCAUUGAGAGGUUCAGCAAUAGGAAGGUGAAACAAGGAGCAAGCAUCACUCUCUCUGUAAAGGUCGAAGGAUCUCCUACUCCCGUGGUCUCCUGGCUGAAGGAGAAAUCAUCAGAGGAUGCCUUGUGGAUUAAACCCGAUACUAAAGGAUACAAAAUAGCCAGCUCUGGUCGCCAGCACAGCCUCAUUCUGAUGGACGUAGACAAAGAGUAUUCUGGCAUCUACACUUGUAUAGCUACAAAUAGAGCAGGGCAGUCGCUCUGCAAUGCUCAGUUUGAGGUGGAUGACACACCACAACUGAAGAAGAAUACUGCAGCUUCAGAGAUCCUUGGGAUUACAGUUCGUCCUCCACAAGAAGAGGCUGGCAGAGGAAGUGAGAGUAAAAUACCCUACUUAGGUGAAGUUGGCACAGAGGAAUUCCUGAUGAAACUCACUUCUCAGAUCACCGAAAUGGUUUCAGCAAAGAUCACACAAGACAGCUUACAGAAUCACGACGUGCUCCAGUGGAUGAAAUCUUGGCCCAAAUCUGCCUCUUCACUACGAGUACCAGGUGUGGACAGUGAUGAUGAGACCAAAACUCCUUCUCCAUCUCCCCAUCACGGUCGCUCUCGUCCACCUUCCCUCAUAGCAGAUUCCUCCUCAGAGUCAGAUGAUGGAGAUGCCAGAGGAGAGAUGUUUGACAUUUAUGUGGCAUCUGCGGACUACAAUCCCACCAUUGCAAGCAAAGACUCCAUCUCUCUCAAAGAGGGACAGUAUGUGGAGGUCUUGGACUCAGCUCAUCCUCUUAAAUGGUUGGUCCGGACCAAACCCACCAAAACAACACCAUCACGACAAGGCUGGGUGUCACCGGCCUACUUAGACAAAAAACUUAAACUCUCAGCGGAUGCAGGAGAACUUCCAGAAACAAGUGUAGAAGAGGUUUCUGAAGGAGAAUAUAAGCGGAAGUUAUUCCAGCUGAUGCAGGACCUGAUAAACGGAGAAUCCGAGUUUAUCAAGGAGGUGGAAUUCUUCACUUCUCACCACAUGAAGCACGCUGACAGCCCGGAUGCUCCACCUGACAUCUGCAGCCAGAAAGAGGCCAUCUUCAGAAAUGUUGAUGACAUCAAGUCCUUCCAUAGCAAGACAUUCCUCCCAAAGUUGCAUGACUGUGACACUGAUGAUGAUGUAGCAAUGUGCUUCCUGAAAAACAAGGAAGGAUUUGAACAUUACCUCCAGUAUCUUGUAGGACAGAGCCAAGCCGAAUCUGCUGUCAGUGACAAAACUAUUCAUCGUUUCUUUAAGGAGUACUCUGAAAAAGAGCAGGCGACUGCAGGCCCUGGGGAUCCUCCAGUUCGAAGCAUAAAUGCCUACCUGCAGCAACCCCUUGAGAGGAUUCAGAAGUACAAGGCCUUCCUUAAGGAUCUCAUCCGAAACAAGGCAAGAAACGGCCAGAACUGCUGCCUCCUGGAAGAGGCGUACGCCAUGGUGUCUGCACUCCCUCAGCGUUCAGAUAACACCCACCAUGUCUCCCUUAUCGAGAACUAUCCUGCUACCCUGGAAGUUCUUGGAGAACCAAUCAGACAGGGACCUUUCCAAGUGUGGGAGGGAGCUCCUGGAAUUAGAACAUCCUCUAGGGGUCACCACCGCCAUGUCUUCCUCUUUAGGAACUACUGUAUCAUUUGCAAACCCAAAAGAGACAGCAACACUGAAACACAGGCAUAUGUUUUUAAGAACAUGAUGAAGCUGAAUAACAUCGAUGUGAACGAAACGGUGGAAGGUGACGACCGGGCCUUUGAGAUCUGGCACGAACGGGAGGACUCUGUGAGAAAAUACACUUUACAGGCCCGAACGGUCAUCAUCAAGAACUCCUGGCUGAGAGACCUCAGGGAGCUGCAGCAGCGCUACAGCAUUACUGCAUGGAGUUCACCUGAUUUUGUAGAAAUUUUGGCAAACUGCACAGCAGAGUUGGGUCAAACAAUUAAACUUGCCUGCAAAGCUACUGGGGUGCCUAAACCUGUAGCUACCUGGUACAAAGAUGGACGAACAGUAGAGGCAGAUCCUCAUCACAUCAUCAUUGAGGACCCUGAUGGCUCCUGCACGCUGAUCCUCGAUAACAUGACUGCAGAUGAUUCCGGCCAGUAUAUGUGCUUUGCAACAAGCCCAGCAGGAAAUGCAAGUACUCUUGGAAAAGUCACUGUUCAAGUGCCUCCUCGUUUUGUAAAUAAAAUGAGAAAUGCUGUCUUUGUUGCUGGUGAAGAUGCUCAGUUCACUUGUGUGAUACAAAGCGCCCCCAACCCAAAAAUAAGAUGGUUUAAAGAUGGCCGACUAUUGACUGACCAGGAGAAGUAUCAGACCUACAGCGAGGUCCGUAGUGGGGUCCUGGUUCUAGUUAUAAAAAACCUGACUGAGAGAGACCUUGGACACUAUGAGUGUGAGCUGUCAAACCGCCUGGGCAGUGCCAAGUGUGCUGCAGAUUUAGUUGUUCCUUCCGCUGUGGUCCGCAGUGGGGAGCAGGCCAUCACCAUUGAAGUUACUGAACAGGAGACUAAACUACCAAAGAAGACCAUUAUAAUCGAGGAGACGAUUACCACUGUUGUGAAGAACCCACGCAUGAGGAGACACAGAUCUCCAGGCUUGACUGUUCCUGGAGCCCACCGCUCUGAGACCUCCACCCCUGAGCCACCUGCAACCAGGCCAAGAAGGAUGCCUACCCCGAGAAAGACCACCAUCCCAACCCUCUAUGUUACUGAGCCCGAGGGGGCUGGAGCCAGGGCAGCGGAGAGCAGGCCCAGGUGGGUUGAAGUGGAGGAGGUCAUCGAGUAUAAGGUCAAUAAGUCUCCCAGACUGCCCAGGAGAAGAGGAAUCUCACCUGCAGGCUCUGAUCGUGCAGCCACCCCCUCCAGACCUAAGAGGUCUCCCCUAGACAACUUGAAUGCUAACAAUUCAAACAACAAGCUGGUGGAGCAGGCGCAGGAACAUCUGAAGGGAGACAUCAACAGCCAGAGCGUCUCCUGGGAGGAAGACGACCCUCAGAUCGCCUCAGGCUCUGCUCCGAGAGAACCACAUGAACUUUCAUCUGUCCUAACACUUGCUGAAGAUGCUGAUGACCAGGAUGAUCAACAAACUGUUAUCUUUGAACCAGAGGAUGAGGACAAUGAGGAGCCUGGACCAAUGGUUCUGAAACAAGGAGAUCGUAUUUUGAACCUGGAAGACUUGGAGGAUUACAUCCCAGGAGAAGGCGAAACCUACGGCUCCUCCAGCUCCUGUCACGUCUCUGAUGAGAAACCCUGUGAGAUUUCUGUCCUUCAGAGGGAGAUCGGGGGGUCCCAAGUGGGACAGCCAGUGCUUCUCAAUGUGGGGCGGCCUGAUAUUGUUCCAAGGCAGAGAAGCGGCUUCUUUGGCCGCUUCAGGGAGCAUCUCUCCAAUAAUCUUUUCCCCUCUGCCUCUCCACAAGGAAGCGGAGCUCGACCCCGAACUGAGAGACAAGUCCCAAUCCAAGUGAGCCAUGCAAAGCUAGAGGUGAAGCCCUCCUACUGCUCCGAGGUGCAGAGAGUAGAGGGCGGGCAGCAGAGCUUUAAAACCAAAGUGUCCACGCAAACCUAUGGCUACACAUCAGUUGGAAAGCCUGUCACUCUUCAAAUUAAAGAGAAGCCCUAUCAAAGCCAGUAAACAUGUUCUAAUUGGUGACACAAAUCCUUAGUCUUAAAUGGAUGCAUUUCUGCUUGCAUGGUUAAAAUAAUCUAACAAAAUAAUAUCUACUACAUUUAACAAACCAUUCCGUUUUGAAGCAGCCAGUCAGAAAAUAGUCUGAUCCUCAGUUGUUUUUGUGGGAUUCAGAGUUUUCUUUAGGCUAGGGAAUGUAGAAACUGCAAAUUGUAGGGAUACAUGUGUCUCUAUAGGCAAGUUUCAGUCUCAUUCUGUAAUUUUAACUGCUGCAUGAUAUGCAGCAUGAAUUGAGUGGACAGAUGGCAAGGAAAUAUGAAGUAACAUUUUACUGUUCAUGAGUUGGAUCUUCGUUUUCAUAGAUGCGCCGUCAUAAAAUCAUUAUAUCUGUAAUAGUAACUCAUCCAAGCAGUGACAUUUUGAACACCUCUGACUUUAUUUCUGGAUUGUCAUUAAAUGCAUAUUAGUGUCAUAUCAAGUUUUUUUUUUACUUUUCAGAAACCUUUUUGUUUCACAGUGUCUAUGAGCUUUGAAACUGAAAAUACUUACAAUGAGCAGUGAAGACUGAGUUUCUGCACUGCUUGCUGUUGUUUAGUUUCAAUCACUGGUGUGCAAUUAAAUUAUAGACAAACUUUGGUGUAGAUGUAUGAAUGAUUCCUUGGUGAGCUUUAGAUUACUUAGUUGUUUUUUUUCAGGUACCAUCGACUAAGCCUUAGUAGUUGAUACCUGAAACAUACGUCCAUACUCUGUCAUCUGCUUUUCUUCUUUCUUUUUUUUUUACAAAGCUUCUUUGACAAAUUUGGGCUUUUUGAUGUUUUGCAGUUGCCUGCUAACUCACAGGGUUUAACAAGGGCGUCCUUUUGUGUGUCAGUGAGAUAUUUAUGAGUGACUGCAUGUAUUUGCUUUGUAAACCAAACGUGUUAAGCAGUACUGGCUUGUAUUUAUGUGACAAUGUUGAAAGACCUGAAAUUCCAGGUCUUCACUACUUUCUUGGAAGACGUUGCUGUGUUUGUGUUUCUAUAUUUAGGUGUCAUCGAUUGGGUAUGGACUAUGAAUGUUAUGAUAUUUUAGGUCUAACAGAUUGUAAUUGCUUGCAAUGUUCAUGUGGAGUUGUGGACAAUAAUGAGGUUGAGCACAAAGUGUUAAAUAAAUGUACAGAAAAUACUUCAGAUUA